AUGUCAACAAACAAUGAGCAAAGUGGUAGUUCAGAGAAUAGUUCGAGUUGUUCAAAGAAGAAAAAACGGAAAGAUAAAGAUGGGAAUUGGAUAACCGACGAUCCAGCUGGCAAAGCAGUGCACAUUUCCGCCGCAGGUGCUCAAUCGGCUGGGAAAAUCGGUGGUGAGGGUCUCGCCACGAUUGGACAAGCGGCUCCGGUACUUCAAGUGGCGGCAGUUGCUUAUGAUGCAUAUCAAAUUGGGAGAAAUGUAGAGAAGGAUAAGAGAAAGGGAACUAGUAGGAAUACGGUAAAGAAAUUGACGACUACGGUAGCCACGUAUGGUGUAGGUUUUGGAGGCGCGUUGGCAGGAGCCGCCAUCGGAACAGCAAUCUGCCCAGGCAUCGGUACUAUUGUUGGUGGAAUUGUGGGCGGAGUCACUGGCGGAGUUAGCGGAGGAUUCGGAAGUGGGAAGGCGGCGGAAGCAAUUAUGGAUAAAGUUGAAUAUGACACCUACAGAGCCAUAUGUGCAACGUGCCAUCGACCUUUUUUGUGCCGGAAGUAUCAGUCGGAAGAUGUGAUGAAUUGUGAGGAGUGUCAGGAAAGAGAAGAGUGA